GUCGCUGCGAAGCCCAGGCUCUGGGUGUUCCGGCACGGGCCUCUGGGGACCGAGCUGGGACUGGCGCGUCCUGGCGGCUCCCUGCUCCUCCUGGAGAGGAAAGCGGAGAAGCUGAGUCCCCCGUGCAACUCCAGGUCGAGCCUGCCACGCAGGCGCCGGUCACGCCGCCGCCAUUGUUGCCCGUGCUGCGUGCACGGGGCCGAGCGACAGGGUCUCCUUCUUCAUUUCAAGUUCUGGACUCAGAAUCUGUUAUAAGCUGCUAGCUUUUCUGUGGUUCCAAUCUGGCCUUGGCUGCAGCAGCCCUUGAGGGAAAAAAAUUAUUAUGACGGUAGCAUGAGUCUUCAAGCAAUUGGCUCAAUACUGAAAAAAUAAAGGAUCCUACCAGAUUGGUUCUCCUGUCUAUAGCAAUGUUAGCCUCAAGAAAGAGGAUGGCCAAUUCUUCGCGCUCACAAGUCUUUCUAAUGUGGAAGUCAGACAAGGUUCAAAAUGGGCCCUGCGGUGUUGAGAAGCAAACACUCACUUCAAGACUCUUGCGUGACACUGAGACCUGUCGACAGAAUUUUAGGAAUUUUCCAUACCCAGAUGUGGCGGGUCCUCGGAAAGCGCUGAGUCAGCUCCGAGAGCUCUGCCGUCAGUGGCUAAGACCCGAGGUUCACUCCAAGGAGCAGAUAUUGGAGCUGCUGGUGCUGGAGCAGUUCCUGGCCAUCCUGCCCGGGGAGCUCAGGGCUUGGGUAAAGUCUCAGUGCCCAGAGAACACUGAGGAAGUGGUGACUCUGGUGGAGGAUUUGAUGCAGAUUCUAGAAGAGGAAGCUCCUCAGAAUUCUGCCCUUCCCCAAGAAAUCCCAGAGGAAGACCCCAAACAUGCUUUCCAGGCAGGGUGGCUCAAUGACUUGGUGACCAAAGAAUCAGUGACAUUCACCGAUGUGGCCGUGGAUAUCACCCAGGAGGACUGGGAACUGAUGCACCCCGUUCAGAAGGAACUGUAUAAGACCGUGACUUUGCAGAACUAUUGGAACAUGGUUUCUCUAGGACUGACCGUCUACAGGCCAACUGUGAUUCCCAUCUUAGAAGAGCCGUGGAUGGUGAUAAAGGAAAUUGUAGAAGGCCCUAACCCAGAAUGGGAAACAAAAGCUGAAGCACAUAUUCCAUUAAAGGAUCCUCCUAAAUUCAAACAAGAUGGAACCCAGACCAUCAAAUUGGAAGAAGUCUAUGACUGUGAUGACAGAUUAGAGAGGCAGCCAGUGUUUGCCUUCGGGAAGAUUCACCUGGAUGAAAGAGACUUCAGUGUGAAGUCAGAACGUUCAGAAGAAGACCCUACAGAAGACUGUCUUAGUAAAUACGAUAUAUAUAAAAAUAACUUUGAAAAGCACACAAACCUGAUUGUACAGUUUGAUACCCAAUCAGAUAAUAAAACUUCUCUGUAUGAUGAAAGCAAGCCAACAUUCACUACUGUCUCAUCUGGUGUUGUGCAUGGGAAAAUACUUCCUGGAGAUAAGCCUUAUUCGUGUAAUGUCUGUGGAAAAAAAUUUAGGAAAUACCCAUCCCUCCUGGCACACCGAAAUAGCCAUGCCAAAGAGAAAUCGUAUGAAUGUGAAGAAUGUGGGAAAGAGUUUAAGCACAUCUCGUCCCUCAUUGCACAUCAGAGAAUGCAUACUGGAGAAAAACCGUAUGAAUGUCACCAGUGUGGCAAAGCCUUCAGCCAGCGGGCACACCUCACUAUACACCAGAGAAUCCAUACUGGAGAAAAGCCCUACAAGUGUGAUGAAUGCGGAAAAGACUUUAGUCAGCGCGCACAUCUCACCAUACAUCAAAGGACACACACUGGUGAGAAACCAUAUAAAUGUCUGGAAUGCAGUAAAACCUUUAGUCAUAGUUCAUCGUUGAUUAAUCACCAGAGAAUUCACACUGGAGAAAAACCUUACAUAUGCAAUGAGUGUGGGAAGACGUUCAGUCAGAGUACACACCUCCUCCAACACCAAAAAAUCCAUACUGGGAAAAAACCAUACAAGUGCAAUGAGUGUUGGAAGGUGUUUAGUCAGAGCACUUAUCUCAUUCGACAUCAGAGAAUUCAUUCUGGGGAGAAGUGCUAUAAGUGCAAUGAGUGUGGAAAGGCUUUUGCUCAUUCCUCAACUCUCAUACAACACCAGACUAUCCACACUGGCGAGAAGUCCUAUAUCUGUAAUGUGUGUGGGAAAGCCUUCAGCCAGAGUGCAAAUCUUACUCAGCACCAUAGAACGCACACUGGAGAGAAGCCGUAUAAAUGUAGCGUGUGCGGGAAGGCCUUCAGCCAGAGUGUGCACCUUACUCAGCACCAGAGGAUCCACAAUGGAGAAAAGCCCUUUAAAUGUAACGUAUGUGGGAAAGCUUACAGACAAGGUGCAAAUCUUACUCAGCAUCAAAGGAUUCAUACUGGAGAGAAGCCCUAUAAAUGUCAUCAAUGUGGGAAAGCUUUUAUUUAUUCUUCAUCACUUAAUCAACACCGAAGAACUCACACUGGAGAGAGACCCUAUAAAUGUAAUCAUUGUAACAAAGAUUUUAGCCAGAGAACAUGCCUUAUUCAACACCAGAGAAUUCACACGGGAGAGAAGCCCUAUGUGUGCCGAAUAUGUGGGAAAUCCUUCACCCAGAGUACCAAUCUUAUUCAGCAUCAACGUGUUCAUACGGGUGUCAGGCACCGCAGCAGGUGCCAGAUACCACAACUAAUGGAUAUGACUUUGUUUAAGCUUUAAAACUUGAUUGCUUAAGUUUCAUUCCGUGUGCUGUGUCAAACUAUUCGAGAGAAAGCUGGUGACGUGCAAUAUGCUGAUGCCACAGUAUCAGGAGUCCCAGAAUUAGCAAAGUGGCUCUCGUCCAUUUACAUUUUAGUGUGAAACCUGAAUAUCCAUCAACUGCUUAGCUGUUGUAUCACUUGAAUUCAUUCCAGAAAUACUAUGAAAGGCUAUUUUAAAAUCUGUGACUCAUCAACUCUUAGUAUGUGUCAAGUAUGUUUUAUUAAGGCCUUAUGACUAUAACCUGGGCAAGUGUCCGUCCAAGUAGACCUCACACUAGAGAGUAAUCCUGACAUUAUAGGAAAGAAGAUAGAUGUUCUGGAGCCUCGGCUUCAUCCUAGCUUUGAAGCCUUAAAAUAAGUAAAAGGUCCAUCCCAUUUUUCGGCUUCUUCUUUUCCCAUUACAACUAGAGGACGAGACCCGAAAGGAUCUCCAAAGAUUUCUCCAUGACCACUGCUAACUGCACUUCCUCCAGGAAGAGGGGGCAGUCUGAUAAGGUAGAUCAGUGCAUCCUUGACACGAACAAACUCAAACAGGCACAGAUUAAACACCCCCAAGUUUAAAUCAUCUUUAGCACAACCGGAUUCUUGGAUUCUUAGUUUCGCUUGAUUUUUGACAGCCAGCAUCCCCUGAAGAAAACAAUGACAGGCUUACCAUUCCCAUCUUUUUUCCAGCAAGCUUUUAAAUUGAGAAGUUUCUCCAUGGCUCUUAACGUAGCUAAGCCAUUUCUUUCAUUGAAAUACAUUUCCUGAGAGCCUUCUGUGCUCAAGACAGACUUUUUGAUUGAACCUUUUCCAUUAACAAAGAUCUUUAGAGUAAAGAAAAGGGAAGGACAUGCUCUUAACUACUUUGCCACGGAACAAGCAUAAUCCUACCUAAGUAAGUUGCCAAUGCUACCCAUAAGCCAAGUUGAGUGAGCAAUGAACAUAGCUAUACAAAUAACGUGAGAGUAAGUGAUAGAAAAGGUUCCAGUCCAGUGCAGAGGUGGCAAGGGAAAACCAGGCUGGAAAGGAGCAAGGAAGGGAAUUAUGUAAGCAGCUGUGUGACAUGAAAUAUAACUGGACCCCUUUACCUAAGGAAAUAACAGUGGUAAAAGAAAAAUUAGCCUAUUUAUAGGAAGCUAAAAAGGAAAUUAUUUUCAGCAAAAACUGGAAGCCCAGUACUCCUUCACACAUAGAAGUAAUUAAAAUAGAAAUUACACUUAAUGUAUUAGGAAAAUGUUUCAUUGGGAAAAGCCUUGGUGCAGAAACUAUCAUUAAUCAGUAGUCACUAAACAAUAACUGAGUUCAUGGGUCUUAAAAAGAUUGGCAGGAAUUGGUUUUUUAAGUUGCUGUUGUAUUUACUGCCCGUAGCAUCACACUGUGAAAUGGAGAGCAAGGCUCCCGUUUGCUCGUUCUUGUUCCUCCAGUGCCUUGCAUAGGAUCAGUGUGCAUUGGCUGAAUUGAUGAGUAAAUUGUGUGAAUUAGAGUUGAGUAGUAAAGUAGAACCACAGGCGUGAAGGGAAAUUGGUGAGACUGAAAAACAACUGUGUCCCUGCAUCAUGUGGUUAACAAAUACCAUUGACUGUGUAAUAACACUUAAGAAUGGAACAUCAGAAGCUGUGGGACAUCAUUGCCCAAUGAAAGUUUCCUUAACUAAAGGAGAAGAAACAAAUUCUGGUAUCAUAAAUAACCUCAGCUUAUAUUGACAACACAGCAUCACUAGACACCACAGUGGGGGCUGAAGAAAGGUUGAGGUGCUGGCAUCCUGAGGCUGUCUUUGUGGGAGUGGUUUUUAUGUUUCUUUUUUGUUGGUUUUGGUUGGUUGGUUUAUUGGUUGCAUUUUUUGUUUUGUUUUUUGAUACGGGGUUUCACUGUGUAGCCCUGGCUGUCCUGGAACUCACCCUGUAGACCAAGUUGCAUCUGCCUCCCUAGUGCUGGGAUUAAAGGUGUGCCCCCACCAGCUGCCAUCACCGCCACCACCACCCAGCUGUGUUCCUAAUGAAACUGUCACUUUCUCUUUUCCUGACAUUAGUUAUCCUUGAUUUCAUAGUAUUCAUAAAAUACUGGUUUAAAAAUACUUAGAUUAUGCUAAUUCUGCAGUUCUGUUAAGAAUAGCGACUGUGUUUUCUAGAUGGGUCUUGAUGUUGCUUCAUGCCUUGCAUAAUGCUUCUUUCUGCUGGGAUGAAGAUGAUGUGGUGCAGGCCCUGGGCGCUGCUUUGUGUUUCCUGCCUUCAUGUGUUUCUGUAAAUAACCUAAAGUC